CGCUCACCUGCACGGGCAGCAGUGCUCGCCCGGGAGAGGAGCGGACGGGACAUGGACUCAGUGGUCUUUGAGGAUGUGGCUAUAGACUUCACUUUGGAGGAGUGGGCUUUGCUGGAUUCUGCCCAGAGGAACCUCUACCGAGACGUGAUGCUGGAAACCUUCAGGAACCUGGCCUCAGUAGGUCAAUUUAAAAUCAAUGGGUCAGUUUCUCAGCAGGAUACGAAUGGGGAAAAAAUAUCUAAGGAACAGAAAAUACCAGAGUUCACAAGAAAUAAUUCCUGUGCCUACAUUUUAGAAAAAAAUUGGGAAAACCAGGGGACAUAUAUGAGAAAUCAUAUGGUGAACAGACUCUGUAAAGAUAAUGAAGGUAAUCAACGUGGAGAAACCUUCAGUCACAUGCCAAAUCUUACUCGGUACAAGAAAAUUUCUUCUGGAGAAAAACCAUAUGAAUGCACCAAGUGUGGGACACUUUUCCUGCAUCUUUCUUCUAUUAAGAGGCAUGUCAGAUCUCACUGUGGACAAAAACCGUAUCAAUGUCAGAAAUGUAAGCUGGCCUGUAUUUGUCCCUCACACCAGAGCAGUCAUGCAAGACCUCACACUGUAGAGAAACCUUAUGGAUGUAAACUAUGUGGGAAAACCUUUCCUUAUUUCUCCUCCUUUACUAAACAUACCACGACUCACACGUCAGAGAAAAACUAUGAAUGCAAGCACUGUAGGAAAGUCUUCACUGAGUUCUCCAGUCUUACUAGACAUGUGAGAACUCACACAAGAGAAAAGCCAUAUAAAUGUAAGAAAUGUGGGAAAGCCUUUAUUUAUCCCUCCGUCUUUCAAAGACACAUGAUAACACACACUGGAGAAGAGCCCUAUGAAUGUAAAUUAUGUGGGAAAACAUUUCACCACUCCUAUUCCCUCACUCAACACAUAAAGAUUCACACUUCAGAGAAAACCUAUGAAUGCAAACAAUGUAAGGUAGCCUUCAAUCACUUCUCCAGUUUUACUAGGCAUGUGAAAACUCACUUUGGAGAGAAGCCUUAUAAAUGUAAGGACUGUGAGAAAGUCUUUCAAAGACACAUGAUAACACACACUGGGAAAAAGCCCUAUGAAUGUAAAUCAUGUGGGAAAGCUUUUUGUUAUCCCCGUUCCCUCAUUCAUCAUGUAAAGAUUCACAAAACAGAGAAAAGCUGUGAAUGCAAGCAGUGUAGGGUAGCCUUUAAUGACAUCUCAAGUUUCACUAGGCACGUAAGAGCUCACAAAAACGACAAGCCAUAUAAAUGUAAGUGUGGGAGAGCAUUCAUUUAUCCCUCGGCAUUUCGAAUACACAUGGUAACACAUACUGGAGAGAAGCCCUUUAAAUGUAAAUGUGGGAAAACAUUCAGUUAUCGCCAAUCUUUGCAAAGCCAUGAAAAGACUCACACUGGAGAAAAGCCCUAUGAAUGUAAGCAAUGUGGGAAAGCAUUCGGUUCUACCAAAUCCUUUAAAAGUCACGUGCGAAUUCACACUGGAGUGAAACCUUAUGAAUGUAAACAAUGUGGAAAAGCCUUCGCUUGGCCAUCAACGUUUAGAGAACAUGUGCGAAUUCACACUGGAGAGAAACCUUAUGAAUGUAAACAAUGUGGGAAGGUUUUCACUUCUUCUAGAUCGUUUCGAGGUCACAUGAGAACGCACACUGGACAGAAACUUUAUGAAUGUAAGCAAUGUGGGAAAACCUUCAGCUGGUCCUCAUCCUUACCGAAACAUAUGCGAAUUCACACUGGAGAGAAACCUCAUAAAUGUAAACAGUGUGGAAAAGCCUACAAGUGGUCCUCAUCCCUUCGGAGCCACAUGAGCACACGCCACAGGACAGAUAGCCUAUGAAUGUAUGUAACAUUCAAAGGCCUUAGUUGUCAAGUCAUUCUUUCUAAAACAUGUGAGAGCACACACUAGAAAGAAAGUCGAUAACUGUAAGUAGUGGGGGGAAACCUCAUGUUAAUUCAUGUACGGAGCUCCAGAAAAUUCCCACCAGGAGAGACAUCUUACAAGUUGUAAGUAUGGUAUUGUCUUUGUCAAUGCUUCAUUCAUA